UGGAGAGGGUGUGAGAUAUAUUAUCAAUAUAGUGUUAGUAUUGGUGGCACUGAGGGAGAUUUGCAACGCUCUUUCCAGUGGUGGAAAGUCACGUCCGUGCGAGUAGCAGGGACCAGAGGCGGUUGCCAAGUGCGACACUAGGCUCCCGCGCCAUCUUGCAGCGGCCGGCCCCGAGAGUCACAGGAGGGAAAAAGGAGACGAUGGACAGAGACUUCAACUCGAGCUUCGGCGGCGAGGCCGGGGCUGGGGCUCCCUGUAGCCGCUUCCACGUGCGGCUCGUGGAUGAACCGCCCGAGUACGAGCCGCCCCCGUUGGCGGCGGGCGAAGAUGGCGUGAGCCACGUCCAACGCUUCGAGUUCGGCUUCCAGAACCGGGGGGAUUCCCUCCGGGCCGACGGCCUCUAUCACCCGUGCGACACCUUCAGCAGCUCUUACCUAAAAACGUUUGGCCACAACACCGCGGACAGGGUGCCCAGGAUCGACUUCUACCGGAACACCGGCAGCCUCAGUGGUGGCAAGAUCAACAGACCCAGUCUAGCCGAUCUUCAUGAAGAUCUAAAGGGGGAUAUUUUAUCUAUUCCUGGUACUGUGGAUGGUGUUGCUAAUGGUGAUGGUGCAGUUGAUGCAGGAAGAAAGCCUUCUGAAAACAAGGAUGAAUUAGUGAGAUUUGGAUGGAUCAAAGGAGUGCUGGUACGAUGUAUGUUGAAUAUAUGGGGUGUGAUGCUUUUCAUUCGGCUUUCAUGGAUAGUUGGCCAAGCUGGAAUAGGUCUUGGAGUUGUUCUUAUCCUUCUGGCUACCGUAGUAACAUCAAUUACUGGGUUAUCAACCUCUGCUAUUUCAACAAAUGGAUGUGUUCGUGGAGGUCUUGGAGUCGUCAUCAUUAGCCUGAGUUCAGUGGUAACUGUCUUAACAGGUAUCUCUAUGUCGGCCAUUUGCACCAAUGGAGUUGUUCGAGGAGGUGGUGCCUACUAUCUCAUAUCCAGGAGUCUCGGGCCAGAAUUUGGUGGAUCUAUUGGCUUGAUCUUUUCCUUUGCUAAUGCUGUAGCUGUUGCAAUGUAUGUUGUUGGAUUUGCAGAAACAGUGGUGGAUAUCCUGAAGGAAAAUAAUGUCCUCAUGGUGGAUCCAAUCAGUGAUAUACGAAUUGUAGGUUGCAUUACAGUAGUAGUACUUCUUGGUAUAACUGUAGCUGGCAUGGAAUGGGAAACAAAGGCUCAAGUUGUUCUUCUGAUAAUUCUUCUUAUCGGUAUUGCUAACUUUUUUAUUGGAACUGUCAUUCGAAGUACGAUUGAGAAAAGAAGCAAAGGUUUCUUUAACUAUCAAGCUCAAGUAUUUGUGGAGAAUUUUGGGCCAUCUUUCAGGGAUGGAGAAAGUUUCUUCUCUGUCUUUGCCAUCUUUUUCCCAGCUGCUACUGGCAUUCUUGCUGGUGCCAACAUCUCUGGUGAUCUAAAGGAUCCACAAGCAGCCAUCCCGAAAGGAACAAUGUUGGCUAUCUUCGUAACAGCUUUGACUUAUAUAGCUGUUGCCAUCUGUAUAGGCGCCACUGUUGUACGUGAUGCUACAGGAAGUGUCAAUGAUACCAUCAGUGCUUUGACAAGCUGUAAUGGUUCAGCAGCCUGUACGUUAGGAUAUGAUUUCUCUGGCUGUAAUACACAGAUGUGCAAUUUUGGUUUAAUGAAUAACUUCCAGGUUAUGAGCAUGGUGUCUGGUUUUGGUCCCCUCAUCACUGCAGGAAUCUUCUCAGCCACUCUUUCCUCUGCCCUUGCCUCAUUAGUCAGUGCUCCCAAAAUUUUCCAGGCUCUUUGCAAGGAUAACAUUUACAAGGGACUAUAUUUCUUUGGAAAAGGUUAUGGAAAGAACAAUGAACCAAUUAGAAGCUACAUUUUAACCUUCUUUAUUGCUGUUGCGUUCAUUCUGAUUGCUGAACUGAAUACUAUUGCUCCAGUUAUCUCAAACUUCUUCUUGGCCUCCUAUGCACUUAUAAAUUUUUCAUGUUUCCAUGCUUCAUAUUCAAAAAGUCCAGGGUGGCGUCCUGCAUUUAAAUUUUACAACAUGUGGGUAUCGCUGCUAGGAACUGUAUUGUGCUGCGCAGUCAUGUUUGUUAUCAACUGGUGGGCUGCUGUAAUCACAGUUGCAGUUGUAUUAUUCCUUAAUAUUUAUGUCAUUUACAACAAACCAGAGGUAAAUUGGGGCUCUUCAGCACAGGCCAUGUCCUAUGUCACUGCCCUUCAAGAUGCCCUUUCACUUACUGGAGUGAAUGAUCAUAUUAAGAAUUUCAGGCCACAGUGUAUUGUUUUGACAGGAUCGCCAAAGUCCAGGCCAGCCUUGUUGGAUUUGACACUUUCUUUCACCAAGAAUUUUAGUCUAUGCAUCUGUAGCCAAGUAUUUAUGGGUCCCCGAAAGCAAACAGUAAGUGACAUGAACCUGAGCAUGGAUAACUAUCAGCAGUGGCUAUCAAGAAACAAAAAAAAAGCCUUCUAUGCAGCAGUGGCUGGAGACAACUUGCGCGAUGGAGUAAAGUGCCUACUUCAGGCUUCUGGAUUGGGUCGAAUGAAACCAAAUACACUUGUGAUUGGAUACAAGAGAGACUGGCGUACCGCUAAUCCUCAAGAUGUUGAGAAUUACGUUGGCAUUUUGCAUGAUGCCUUUGAUUUUGAAUAUGGUUUGAUAAUUCUCAGAAUUAGCCAAGGGCUUGACAUCUCCCGUAUCCUUCAGAUUCAAGAAGAAUUGCAGAGAAAGGAAGAAGAAAAAAUAGCAUUGGAAGCUGCGAAGAAAGAUGAACAAGAGCAUGGAAAACAAGGACUCCGUUCACUGAAAUUCUUGAACAAAGCUGUCAAAUAUAGUAGUAAUACUCUAGCAGUGAAUGCUCAGAAAGACUUUAAAAUCAGUGCUGGUCAUGCUGCAGAUUUUAAUCAACGCCUACUGGAAGCUAGUACUCGGUUCCAAAUGAAUCAGGGAAAAGGCACAAUAGAUGUAUGGUGGCUGUUUGAUGAUGGAGGUUUAACUAUUCUCAUUCCCUAUCUGUUAACUAUUCGCAAAAAAUGGUGUGGCUGUAAAUUGCGCAUCUUUAUUGGAGGGAAGUUGGACAGUAUUAAUGAGGAGAAACGAGCAAUGGCAGCACUCCUAGGCAAAUUCCGGAUUCAGUGUGCUGACAUCAAAGUCAUUGGAGACAUUAAUAUGAAACCAAGCAAAGAAAGCUGGAAAAGAUUUGAAGAAUUGAUUGAACCAUACCAACUGCACGAGGGUUCCAAGGAUCCUGCAACUGCAGAAAUACUGCUGAAAGAGCAUCCAUGGAAAAUUACCGAUGCGGAGCUGGAGAGGUUUAAAGACAAGACAUACCGACAGGUCAAACUCAAUGAACUUCUGCAGGAGAACUCCCGAUCUGCCAACAUCAUUGUUGUGAGUUUGCCCAUUGCCAGGAAAGAAGCUGUAUCAAGUUACUUGUACAUGGCUUGGUUAGAGAUUCUUUCAAGAAACCUGCCUCCUGUCAUAAUGAUCAGAGGAAAUCAGAAGAAUGUUCUGACCUUCUACUCCUAACAGAAAAUUGUAUGUUGAGGCUGCAGCAAAUGACACAGUCAAGACAACACUUAUUUACCACUUAGUUGCUUAAUAAGGAUGACACACUGAAGUACCAAACAAAAUCUAUUCUAGUUUCUGAUUUCCUGCUGCAUUUCACAAAUAAUGUCACUAGUUAGUCUUCUAAAAUUUUUAUAUUUGGUCACCGUGUCGUGUAAUAGCUUGAUUGGUUGACCCCUACAUUUUAGGACACUAUUCUCUGAUCACUAACUUUACAAAGGUGGAAUAAAAUCCUCCUUACUUGUCUACAAUGUAAGAUAGUUAACAUACUCAUAGUAUUUUGGAAAUCCAAAUUUUUCAGCAGUAAGAUCUUCAAAGAGUUUUCAAUCAAUUGUCAUUAUUUGAUAACUCGCACUAACUCUGCUUAAAUCAGGAUUUUAUUAGACAUAUUGACUUAAUUAUGUGUACUGUAUUCUUCAGCUUAAUUAACAUUUACACUAAAACCACAUGUUGAUAAGACUGUUUCUGCAGUCUGACAAGCUCAUUCAGGUACAUGAAAAUUGAACAGAGUUCAAGGGAAAUGUGCAAAACCGGAUGAGAUUACAGCUUUGUGAACAAUAUAUACUGUGAAAUGAAGCAAGAAAGAUGUGCAAUGAAAGUAGAACAGAAUGAAAAGGGAAUGGAGUGAAAUUUCAGAGAGGAAAGACACUCACUUUAUCAUGAGAAAUCAGUUGUAGUUUGGGCAGGAUUUCUUGCAAUAUGAUGCAAAUAUACAUAUUGCUUAUAUUCAGAAUGUGUUUGACACUUACUUGUAAAAGAAAUAAUAUAAUCUGCAAAACAUUAAUGAUGACCUUGUAUCUGAUGAGAAUUGAAAUAAAAGGUACUAAAAUUAA